GAGGAGGAGGAGGAGGAGGAGGAGGAGGAGGAGGAGAGAAAGAAGGAGGAGGAGGAGGAGGGAGAGGGACGAGGGCUCCAUCCAGGCAGGCAGCAGAAAGGGGCGAGAGGCGAGGCGCGUGGGACAGACCCGUCCUGCUGUCACCCUCCCGGCGAGCACGAGUCCCGGGGCGAUGGCGGCGUGGCAGCUCCUGCUGCUGCUGGCGGUGGCCCCGGCGCACGCAGCGGCGCCCCGGCACGCCGCGGUGCUGCCCGACGCCGGCGGCAGCGGGGACGGCGACGAGGUCACGGCCGCGCCGCCCGCCCGCCCCGUGACGCCAGGGCCCGGCCCCACGGUGGGGGACGCGGCGGGGACAGCCGUCACCAACAGCUCGGCGCCGGGCAACGUCCUGGACGGGCUGGUGGACUUCUUCAAGGAGUACAUGCUGCUGGUGGUGGUGGUGGGCUCGCUGGCCUUCGUCCUGCUCUUCAUCAUCUGCGCCGCCAUCAUCGUGAGGCAGAAGCACAAGGCCUCCGCCUACUACCCCUCGUCCUUCCCCAAAAAGAAGUACGUGGACCAGCGGGACAAGGCGGGGGGGACCCGGGCUUUCAGCGAGGUGCCCGAGAAGGCUCCGGACCCCGGCGCCGAGGAGCCCCUGGACUGCAGCCGGCAGCUGCAGGCUGACAUCCUCGCCGCCGCCCAGAGCCUCAAAUCCCCCCCCAAAACGCCCCUGGCCAACGGGGCCAGCGCCCGUGGGGAGCACGAGGAGGAGGAGGAGGAAGAGAAGGAGGAGGAAGGAAGCGAGCCGGCAGGCGGCGAGCAUCCCGCCGAGCCCCCUCCCCAAAAUCAAGAUGCCGCAGGAGCGGCCCCGGGUGCGGGGGGCACGGAGGAGGCCCCCGGGGUGCCCCAGGACGGCCCCCCCAGCAUCUAAUGGGGCCAACGCAGGGAGCUGGCGCCGGAGGAGCCGUGCCCGCGCCGCCGGCUCGCUCGCCAUGGACUCAGAGCCGGGCUCCUGCCCGGUCCCGCUCGCCACCCGUACGUGGAGGCUCGCCGAAGCCCCGAUGAAGCCCCGCUCCCUCCUCUCCCUCGGGGCCCGCCGGCCCGUGCCUGCACCCGCCAGGAUGAGCCACGACCCCAGGCACCCGGUGAAGGGUUUGCUGGUCGCUGGGACCUUCUGCAGGGGUUUGGGGCUGUCCCAGCCCUCGGGACGGGGGACACACACCGCUCCCAGCCGGCUUCGCCCACCGCCUGCGGUGCCUGGUGGUAAUUGGAGGGGUGCCGUGCCCCCCGGAGGCGUUUUGGUGAGGUCUCCACCAAGAAAAAGGAGAAGGAAAGCCUAAGCCAACAGUGCCUGGCCAGCAGGAGGGAGGAGGAUUUGGUGACAAUGACCCCGUCCUUGUUUUUAUGCCCUGAAUGUCACGGCCCCCUUGCAAAGCACAGGGAACGGAGCUCGGAGCGGAGCUGGAGUUUUGCCUUACUUUCUUAACCCCCUCGGCUAUUAAUAAAGACAUUUCCUACGCA